AUGAUGUUGCCAUGGAAACAAAUUGUUCUGCUAUCAAUCACGGGAUGCCUCGCAGUAUCCACAGCCUUUACAGACGAUGUUGUAUUUCAAGGACCGAAAUUCAGGAUGGAACCAAUUGACCUCAUUUUGCCGAUCAACUCCCCCAACCAGCAGGCCACCAUUAUGUGUGAUGCAGAAGGGAGCCCUACUCCACAGUACAGAUGGUCACUAAACGGAACACUCAUCGAUCUUGGGAAUGACUACCGGCGUCACAUGUCUGGGGGCAGCCUGAUCAUUAGCAAUCUGGACAAGGACCAAGACUCUGGGAUAUACCAGUGUAAAGCAUUCAACACGAGAGGUUCUAUCCUGAGCCGGAAGGCCAGCAUCCAAUUUGCAUAUCUUGAUAACUUCAAAACACAAACAGUGAGAAGUACAGUCAACGUCCGAGAAGGUCAAGGAGUGGUUCUCUUAUGUAGCCCACCGGCACAUUCUGGAGAACUGACUUUUGCAUGGAUCUUCAAUCAAUAUCCCCACUUUGUCCAACAAGACAGUCGUCGCUUCAUCUCACAGGAGACUGGAAGUCUGUAUAUUGCCAAAGUUGAACCCUCAGAUGUGGGCAACUACACUUGUGUGGUCAACAAUACCAUCACAAAGGAGAAGGUGUUAAGCUCCCCGACCCCACUGGUCCUCAGAAGUGAUGGAGUAAUGGGAGAAUAUGAACCUAAAAUAGAAGUUCAUUUCCCUGACUCGAUUCCAGCUGCAAAGGAAUCACUUGUGAAACUGGAAUGCUUUGCUCUAGGAAAUCCUGUCCCAGAAAUAAGCUGGAGGAGAAUAAGUGGAGUCCCUUUUCCAAGUAAAGUAAAAAUGAAAAACUCAAACGCCGUUCUGGAGAUUCCAUAUUUCCAGCAGGAAGAUGCAGGAACCUAUGAGUGUAUUGCAGAAAAUCGACGGGGUAAAAAUGCAGCACGUGGUCGUAUUUCAUUCCAUGCUAAACCUCACUGGUUCCAGACAAUGGCAGACACAGUUCUGUCCAUCCACCAAAAGCUGUUCUGGGAGUGUAAGGCCAAUGGAAAACCGAAACCAUCAUACAGCUGGCUGAAGAAUGGCGAGCAUGUGAUGUCAGAGGACUGGAUACAUAUUGAAAAUGGUGCCCUGUCCAUUGCUGCGUUAAACCUGUCAGAUUCUGGAAUGUAUCAGUGCGUAGCUGAAAAUAAACAUGGCAUUAUUUAUUCCUCUGCCCAACUAAUGGUGUUAGCAUCACCUCCCAGUUUCUCCAAAAGUCCAUUAAAGGCCGUGGUAAAAGCUCGCUUAGGUAGCGAAGUCACUCUUGAAUGCAAGCCCCAAGCCUCGCCCCCAGCAAUUAGCCUGUGGAAAAAGGACAAUGAGAUGCUGCAAAGAAAUGAAAGAAUUACACUGUUUUCCAGCGGAGCACUAAAGAUUACCAACGUAACCACAAGUGAUGCAGCCAGCUAUACAUGCAUUGCUAAGAACCAGUUUGGGACAGCAAGCACCACUGGGAGGCUGCUUGUCACUGAGCCAACCCGAAUUACUGUGAGGCCCACAAACAUUGAGAUUAUUGUUGGCGAGAGCAUCGUGUUGCCGUGCCAGAUUGCCUGCGAUCCAGCUCUGGAUGUCUCUUUCUCAUGGGCAUUUAAUGGCCAGCUCAUCGACUUCCAGCAAGACAGUGAUCAUUUUGAGAGAGUGGGCGGGAGUAUAUCUGGGGAUCUGAUGAUUCGGAACAUUCAACUGAACCAUGGAGGAAAGUACGUGUGUGUCAUUGACACUGAGGUCGAGAGUCUGUCCACUUCUGCCAUCCUGGUUGUCAAAGGUCCACCAGGCCCUCCAGACAAAGUAACAGUGGAGGAAAUCACAGACAGCACGGCACAGCUUUCCUGGACUCCUGGAAGGGACAAUGGCAGCCCCAUCACCGGUUAUAUCAUCCAGGGUCGGACUCCUUUUACUGUGGGCUGGCAGGCUGUUGAGACGGUGCCUGAAGUGAUAAAUGGUAACACACUGACUGCGACAGUGGUGGGUCUAAACGCUUGGGUGGAGUAUGAAUUCAGAGUAGUGGCACGCAAUAAUGUGGGCCUUGGCGAGCCCAGUCCAGCCUCGGCCAAAACCAGGACAGAGGAUACCAUUCCUGAUACAGCUCCCACUGAAAUUGGAGGUGGAGGUGGCACAAAGUCUGAAUUAGUGAUAACAUGGGAGCCUGUGUCUGAGGAAUUGCAGAAUGGUGAAGGGUUCGGCUACAUCGUCGCUCUCAGGCCAGUGGGCACAGUUACUUGGACACGAGCCAUCAUCUCCACACCGGGCAUUGCACGUUAUGUCUUCCACAAUGACUCCAUCCCACCAUUCUCUCCUUUUGAUGUGAAAGUGGGAGCUUUCAACAACCGAGGGGAGGGGCCAUUCAGCUCUAUCGCCACAGUGUAUUCAGCAGAGGAUGUACCCAGUGUGGCUCCUAAGAGGGUUAUACCUAGGAUUGUGUCUGCAACACAAAUUGAAGUAAUCUGGGAAGCUGUUCCUGCCAGCCCUGAAAGAGUGCUUGGAUAUGAGGUUAUGUACUGGGAAGAUGAUACCAAGCCUGACACUGUGGGCAAAGUUCGCAUCUCAGGAAACUACACCGUUGUUAACAUCACGGGUCUGAAUCCAAACACGGCGUAUUAUCUUGCAGUGGCCGCCUCCAAUACGGCUGGCCCCGGGCCGCAGUCGGUGCCUAUCAACAUCACAACAAAGAAACCACCGCCUGAUCGGGCACCUCUCAACAUACAGUGGUCCAUGAUUGGGUCCACACUCUCAGUGCAUUGGGAUCCUAUUGUCGCCAUGGAAACAGAGUCAAAAGUCACCGGAUAUUUGGUGCUGGUGAAAAAACAACGUUACAAUGACAUGAACUAUUUUGUCACAAAUAAAACAUCUAUGGAGCUCAGCCUGUCCAGCAAUGACAACUAUCUCAUUCAGAUCAAGGCCAUGAGUGAGGGAGGUGAAGGUGUAGGCAGUGAACCCAUCCACAUCCACAAAUUAAGCAUGGGAGCACGAGGCUCAAGGGCAUCUUGUUUCACCCCAUUCAACCUUUUUGCAGCACUCAUCUGCGCACUGGUUUACCUCAUCUGGUGAUGUCUAAUCAAAAAGUCCAGUGCUCCCGACAGUCCUUUCAGUCUGCUUGUACAAAUGUUAUCCCUCCACUGGAGGGCCCAGGGUUCAGCGAGAAAACUUGGGGAUUCCUUAAAGGGAACAAUGUUUAAGGGUUCAUGUCAGCAAAGGCUUCAAGGAAAAGAUGUAACAAUUUAGUGCAUGAUCCCUAAAUAUAUUUCAUUGGGAGUUAUAAGUGCCACUAUGCUGCUUCAUGACAACAACAAGACUUAUCCAAUGUGUCUAUAACAGACACAAAUGCCUUAAAAUCGAUUUUACACAGGCACUCUGUACCAAAUUAGGAAAGAAGAGUAUGCUCGUGUGAUGAAAAUUUUAAUUUCGGGGAAAAAAAGGACAACCUGUACAUAAAGUUUAACCUGUUAUCAUUGUUUGAUUUUGUUUUAACGUCUCAAAUUUUCAAUUUUAUGAGCAAACGUUCUAACCAAGUUCAUUUCACUUAAACAAAUA